UAGAGGCGCGCGUAUUACCGGCGUAUUUGUUUGUACAGGUCACGUGGCGUGUUUUCGACUUUCAGCUUUCAACGCCCCGAGCCGAGAUUUCUUGUCGAACCGCGUUGGCCGCGGUUGUCCAGGUGGAAGAUGGAUUCGUCAACCGACGUCAAGGAGAACCUCGACCAGUCGAUUCGCCUGCUGAGCCAGCAGAACAGUCAGCGAAGGACGUUUUUGAGGUUAAGCGGCCAGCGAAGCACCACCCCGAGGAGGAUAUCGCUGCAGCCGGCCGGUCAGUCGCGAAAGGACGCCGACGAUGGUAGGCAGACGCUCAACGACACGCACAGCCCGGGGAUGGCCGACAGGACCGCGGGGUCCAGACUGAGCAAGCUCCACAACCUGGAGCUUGACAGCUCGCUGACCCUCGCGCCCCACGAGAUCCGCGACAUAAUGGUGCGCUCGGAGAGGAACGACAUCACCAUCAAGGAGAUGAUGGAGGACAGCACGGCGACCGGGGCGAUCCUGAAGGCGAACGAGCCGUGGCGGGAGGCCAAGGACAAGCUCUACUACGACUUCCUGCAGAGCGUGCAGGCGCACUUCUCGGAGGCGCAGGUCUUCGACACCAUCGCGGACUUCAUACAAAACUGCACCGACACACUGGACAUCAUGAGAGGUAUGCAGUCAAAAGUUGAGAAUACGGAAGUAGCGGAAGAGGAGACUUCUUUGGAAAGUGAGAGAAACACAUGGAGACUGAUAUACUGCCUCUACCAGAACCGUAUAAGCAGCGCUGGUUUGUCCACUCAAAUGGAACACGAUGGGCCUGUAAACAACAAUUACAUCUCUGAGAAGGAUAUUAUAGAAAAUUUGUACAAGUCUGAGGGCUACAUCAGGGAAUAUCAAUUGAUUAUUGAUUGGCUAGAAAAAAAUGCUCUGGAUCAGGCAGACAAAUAUCCGUCGAUAGAGCUCUUUACCGAUAAAACGGUAGCCUGGGAAAAUACGGUUCAUCAAUUGCACAAUCAGAACUUAAAAAUUGCAUUUGGCUCGUCCAGACCACUGGUCUCGUCCCUCGAUCCCGAUGCACCGAUACGGGAGGGUAAACCAUUACACGAUCUGGACAGAGAAGAUGAUGCCAGACUUGAAAAAAGAAUGUUUAUAGAGGUACGUUGCGGACGUCUUCAGAAAGCACAAUCACUGGCUAUGCACUGUGGCCAACCUUGGAGAGCCGCAUGUUUAUUAGGAUGGAUUCCUAAUCACGAUCCAAAUUACAGUAAUCCAUUAACAGACACUAAAUUACCAAUCGAAGGGAAUCCUAACAGAAGUCUUUGGAAAUUAUGCGCUUGGGAACUAUCUCAGGAUAAACGCAUAGGUGUAUUUUAUCGUGCCAUAUACGCAAGUCUUUGCGGCAAUGUCCAACUUCUACUACAGAUAGCAUCGUCUUGGCAAGAUGCAUUGUGGGCAUAUGUGAAGACUCUUCUUGAUAUUAAAGUCGAAUCAGCACUGAGGUUAAUGAUGAUAAAAAUAUAUACAAUUAUGCCGGAGGAAUAUUGGAAAAAUGAAAUCUCGUUGGAAGACGCGUUCAAAGAAUUGCACGCGUCGAAAAAUCCAAUAAUACGUGCCCAAUCUAACAAACCCGAUCAUUUAAUUCAAAAAUAUAUAAUAUUAGAUCAAAUACCGAAGUUGAUGGAAGAGAUCGAAAGUAUGAUUGAUGUCGGCGCCUGCGACUCGCAGUUCCUCAGAUUCCUGGCACAUAUAAUACUGUUCUUCAGGCAGAUCGGGAAAAGUACAAAAGAUAAAGUGGAAGACAAAGUAUUGCUGGCAUACGUUCGCGUCCUUAUUGAAAUAGGCGAUCCAACUUUAGUCGCGUUCUACACAGCCACGUUACCUCAGGAGGAUCAAAUAACCAACUAUGCCUCUUACUUAGAAUGUGUUAAAGAGCAUGAACAGCGGAAGAAAUGUUUACGCGCGGCGGAAGACGCGAACUUAAAUGUAGAAGCUAUUACGAAAUUGGUGGUGGAAAAUAUACGUAAGAAACAUCUAGAAUGCGAUGCAACGGACUUAAAAGGAACUAUUACCGAGGCGGAUAUGGAAAAGAUUAAUGGUCUGGAUUGGCUGAUUUUCUAUCAAAGUCAAAGAGAAGAAGCUUUACGACAAACAAACGCGCUCAUUAGAUACUUCCUGACUAACGAAAAGAUCGAUGCGGCGCGAAAAGCAUUUAACAAGAUCCCAUCAGAUUCGAUCGAAUCAGUUAUGACCGAGUAUCCGACUAUGGACUGCACACUCACGAAUCUUACGAUAACUGAUAAUUUGUCGAAGAAAGCGGCUGCAUCGGUAAGAGAAUACCUUUGUUAUAAAACGUAUCUUGACGCUCAAGAAGGUUUCGGUGAAUGGUUCUCGCACUAUCAUCACGGUAAACCUACGCCACCGGAAGAGUUGCCGACGUAUGCCACGUUUACGGAAAAGGUUGCGUACGAUCACAGAAAGACGCAGUACAAUUCAGAAUUCGAAAGAUGGAAAUCUACGAUGCAGCAUCAUACGAAGGCUGUGAAACAAUUAUUAUUUAAUGUUUUAUUGUUUCCCGACGGCGGCUGGCUCGUCGAUUCAAAGGGUAGCAACGACGAGCCAUGCACGCCCGAAGAUGAACUUAGAGAACAUCAGUUGGAAAAACUGCGCGAAGUUUGUAUCCCUAAAGUCACACUUUUAUUACAUUCGGUUAUGUCCGAGAUGAACGAGCACGACGGUUGCAUUCAACUGGCUGACAUACUUGCUUCCGAGCAACAUCAGCUGUACAAAGUAUUUUCAAAGGAAAGAUUACGCGAGAUAUUUAAAAAGAUCUGUGAAUCUUCUCUCGUCUUAAUGGAUCAAAAGAAAGAUCCUUGGGGAUAUCCGAAAUGAAGAAUAUGUAGAUAAUAUAUUACUGUAUAAACCCAUUUGUAUCGCUCGCUGGCCUUUCGCAUUAAAUGUACAAAGACAAUUUUCAUGGUUCUUUUUUCCUUUUUUCUUCUUUUUUUUUAUAAAACCAGUUUAUUGUCAACCACAAGAAGUGAAUAUAAAAUUUGAUACAAUGUUCAAUAAUUCGUAAUCAUAAUAUAUCAUAUACCUCGUGAUUACUUAGAUAUGCUCUUUUUACCCAAUUAGUAAUAAAUGUGGCGCUAUCAAAGCCAUUAAGAUUAAUGUGUGAAACGUGCGAUGAAACUCAUAGUCCGUAAAAGAGCAGAACAUCCUGAGAUACAUUUUGUAGCAACACUUAGAACUCGGUUUUGCAGUUGACAGACACUUCUAAUCACGUAUCUUGAUCGCACAAAUAUAAAUUCGCGCACGACAAACGAAUACGGAAUGCAAGAAUAAUGCCUGAAAUGAAACGACGUAUCCUAUGGAAAUCUGAACGUAUGUCGUACAUUGAAGAGCAACAGUGAUAUGGUUCAUUGCGUGUUCUAUUCUAUUGUCAAGAGAACGAUGUUUUUCUGUCGAGAAACGGGAGCAGUCUUCUUUUCCAGCCAAAAUUUCCCUCUCUUCGGACGCAUGGCUUUGAUUUUGAAGAUCGAACGCGUGCGCCUUCUAAAUAAUACUACAGGUGAACUGAGAGAAACAUUUACACGGUACAUUACAUAUAGACUAUAUAAAGAAAAUUAACAUUUUCGACAAAGUUCCCUAUCUACUAAACAAAUCGGAAUUUUAACGACGCUCGCGCGCUCCGCGAUCGACGUUGCCCGAUUUUGUUUAUCUUACGAGAUAUGUCAAAUUACGAUUUAAACAGUAAGGAUUGACUUUUCAUUAAAUGGUGCUCGCGACGAUGAAACCAUGAGCAUUGAUAUCUUAAUAAUCUCUAGGCAAAUUUACUUCGGAAUGAAUGAAUAGCUAGAUAUCAUUUAGAACAACUUUCUCUAAUGCAUAUAUGUAUAUGAGAAAACCAUCAUGAAUUUUCGUCUCAAUACGUGAGAUGGGGGCCCGAAGACACAAAAAAUACUUGGAACAUCUCAGAAGACUUAAAAACGCUACAUCAAACGUUUACAACACGGUUGAGCAUCUAAAGAGAUUUCUUUAGACACCUUCAGACAUCUUUCAGACACCUGCGUUGUUUGCGUAUUCACUUGAAAUUAAUUAAAGGGACAUAUGUUUCAUAUAAUAUAUUAUAUAUUCGGUAGAUUCGAACAAUCGAGAAGAUCGUUAUUUCCUAUCUUUCAGCAUGGUGUUAUCUAACAUGACAUCCCCGCGGUGAAAAAAGGAUGUCGUGUCAGAAUUCUUCGGCAUUCUUGCAAAUACUUUUCGAAUUUAAACUCGAAUGUAGUUCGUGCAUUUGCUUGAAACAGGAGGUAAACGAGCAUCUUGGAUAAAGUGUCCGCGAUAACGAUUAGACGAUUAGUAGAGUUAGUUUGUUAGUUAAGCUAUUCUAACACGUAAAUGCUGAAGAGAAACGAAAGGGUUGACAAUUUCAAUGUUCCUCGGAUACAAUUCGACACGCGCGCGCUAGUCCUGCAAGACGAUCAAUUUUCGUUCGCCAGCUAAUACUUUCACUCGCUACGUAAGACGUCCUGAUUUUUUUCGGUACGGAUGCACUUUUCGUAU